GUGUUUCUGGCCAAGCCCAGGAAAUCCCAGAGUGCUGAGAUCAGCCCUGCUAGUGGCUCAGGGAACAGAGGACAGGGGUGCACCCGGAGGACGCCUCACCUGGGGAGCGGGCAGCAGGAUGCGUGGCAAGGACGAUGAAUACGAUUACCUCUUCAAAGUGGUGCUGAUCGGGGACUCUGGAGUGGGGAAGAGCAACCUCCUCUCGCGCUUCACCCGCAAUGAGUUCAACCUGGAGAGCAAGAGCACCAUCGGGGUGGAGUUUGCCACCCGGAGCAUCCAGGUGGACAGCAAGACCGUGAAGGCUCAGAUCUGGGACACGGCGGGCCAAGAGCGUUACCGUGCCAUCACCUCGGCGUAUUACCGGGGUGCGGUGGGAGCCCUCGUGGUGUACGACAUCGCCAAGUACCUGACCUACGAGAACGCUGAGCGCUGGCUGAAGGAGCUGCAGGAUCACGCCGACGCCAACAUCGUCAUCAUGCUGGUGGGCAACAAAAGCGACUUGCGGCACCUCCGCGCCGUGCCCACCGAUGAGGCCAAGAGCUUUGCAGAGAAGAAUGGCCUGUCCUUCAUUGAGACAUCUGCCCUGGACUCCACCAACGUGGAAACGGCCUUCCACAGCAUCCUGGCAGAAAUCCACCGCAUCGUGUCACAGAGGCAGAUAACCGGGCAGCAGGAGCCGGAAUUUGGAUCCAGCACAGUCAUUGAUCCCAUCAAAGUCCUGCCCACUCACCAGGAGGGGAAACAGACGCCCUGCUGCCAGAACAUCUGAGCCUGACGGGAGGCUCCAGGGGCAACUGAACCCCAGCCAUUGUCUCCCUCCCCCCGCCACCCUUGCGGUCACUUCCUGGGGAGAGGGCAGUGCCUGAGCAUGUGUUGCAUAACACCCUGUAGUUUCCUUUUCUCUUGUUCCCUCCCAUCGCUCUGGGCUUUUGUACUUAAUGUAGGUCCUAUAUAAACAUAAGUGGGCCACGGCCGCCUCCUUGGGGAAAUGGUGUUACGUCUCCAAGGUCAUCGUGCCCUCUGGUAUCCCUUCCUUCCCAUGCACUGUUGGACUUAUGUUUAUUAUAGGGCCUACGCUAAUGGGGGACGAUGCAUUGUCGGGUCUUCCCCUUUGGCCCAGAGUUGUGACAUCUCGCCGCUCUCUAGUUCUAGCUGCGCCCUCUGGCCACUCCCCUCCGCCCCGGAAAACUUGGAUCCUGCAUGAAUCAAUCCAAGUCAUGGGCAAGUUCUGAUACGAUAGCCAAGCCGGGUCCUGGCUAUUAACGAUGCUAUGAUGGGAGGAGGCAGGUUCGGCGUGGGGGUUGCCUGGCCAUUGGGCUGGGGUCCGUUCUCCUCGGGCUCACGUCUGGCCCUGGAGAACCGUACCGUGAGCGGCGUUCUCUUGAUCCACCCAGAGCGGCCCAGUUCCCAGGAACGCCGGGUGGCUUCUCCGCAGCUCUAACAUGCACAAGGGGUCCUGCCAGCUACCGGGCAGGCUUGCUAGACAGGUCUGGUUGGUUCACUGGGGAGAGACUAUUGCGGAUCACCAAGCUCUUCUGUCUGCACCGAGGUGGGCCAGAACCAGCAUGCAGUUACACCCCUCUUCCUCCGCAGUGACUCUGCUGAAAGCCCCGGGGCUGUGCCUCAUGCGUCUCCCUGGAAGCCCAGCCCCGAUUGCCAGGUGGUUGUUUGGUCCUGCCUGAGUCAGGCUACCCCAGCGGCAUUAACUCGGGAUCCAGGGGGGUCGGAAUCCAGUGACUCGCGAUUUGUUUCCGUUUCGGGCACCCACCUCCGACCAUGUCUAGAGCGGGAUUGACUCCUGCGGGUUUCACCCAGUGCUGAGGUUGCACGGUGUCGCCCGCCCAUCCCAAGAGCCCAGCCCUCCCCACCC